CGAGGUUGCUAGUUGCUGGAAAAUUCGGUCGGCGUCACUCACGUGUAUUGCUGUAAAGUGAAAGCAGAAGAACAGAAGUGUAAAGAUGAGUCUUCCAGCCAAGGAGUUGCAGCUCCUGCGGGCAUUUGUACAAAUGUGCAAGACCAAUGCGGGUGUCCUCUACAAUCCUGACCUCAAGUUUUUCAAAGAUUGGCUAGAAAGUAUGAAUGCCACUUUACCAGAGAAACCAGAAAGUCCACCCGAACCAGAGAAAUCUGAGUCCCCAGAACCAGAAGAAAUACCUACAUCCAACCCAGAACCUGCCCCAGAACCUGAGGAAGAGCCAGAGAGUGAGGAGAGUGAUUUAGAAUUAGACAUGGAAGGUGUGAUAGAGGAUAAUGAUGAGGAACUUCCUGUGUAUGGGGAUGAGUCGAUAGAGGUUACAGAGGAGAUGAUGGAUGAUGCCAAUGACAAAAGAUCAGAAGCCAUGGCAGCAAUGUCAGAUGGUAAAUGGGAUGAGGCUGUUAAGAUAUUCACAGAGGCCAUCAAGUCUAACCCAAUGUCUGCUCUUCUUUAUGCGAAGAGGGCCAGUAUUUUCAUAAAGAUGAAGAAGCCAAGGAAAGCUAUACAUGACUGUACUAAGGCCAUUUCUCUAAAUCCUGACUCCGCCCAGCCCUACAAAUGGAGAGGCAAUGCCUAUAAGAUGCUGGGGAAAUAUGAAGAAGCCUACCAAGACCUCACUAUGGCCUGUAAACUAGACUUCGAUGAAUUGGCCGAUGAACUUUUACAUGCUGUUAAACCUAAUGCAAUGAAAAUUAUGGAACAUAAAAGAAAGUAUGAAAGAAAGAGGGAAGAAAAAGAAAUUAAGGCUCGCAAGGAAAGACUACGAAAGGCAAAGGAAGAAUAUGAAAGACAAAAGCAGCAAAGUUCCGGAGCCAAUACUGGGUCUGCUGGGGGUUUUCCUGGUGGAUUUCCUGGUGGUUUCCCUGGAGCAGGAGGUCCAGGAGGAUUCCCAGGAGCAGGUGGUUUCCCUGGAGCGGGUGGAUUCCCAGGAGCGGGUGGAUUCCCAGGAGCUGGAGGAGCAGGCGGGUUCCCUGGGACAGGUGCUGGUGGUCCAGAUCUUUCUAGCAUACUCAAUGAUCCUGAAAUUGUACAAGCUUUCUCUGAUCCUGAGGUGGCAGCAGCAUUCCAGGAUAUUAGUCAGCACCCUGAGAAUCUGAUCAAGUAUCAGAACAAUCCCAAAGUCCAAGCCCUCAUCAACAAGAUGAGCUCCAAGUUUGGUGGUGGUGGACCAAGGGCACCAGGGGCUCCACCAAUGUGAGGUGAUUCCUCCACAAUGUGGCUGUCUCGUGUGACAACAGGAACAGUCUCGUCAUUACUCUUGUAUCUUCUACAAUCCUUCAGAGCUGAUAUGUGAAAAUGAAUUAUGCAUAGAUUCUUUUUUUUUAAACACGCACAAUAAAUGGGAAACAAAAUUCCUAUAGUGGUCUACAUUACAAGGAUCCAUUGUUGUUAUAAAAUUGAUCGUAAAGUACUAUGAAUGUGACAAUAGUUACACUUUUUGUAAGUAGAUAUUUUCAGUCAGUGUUAAUCUUUUCUAAGGAUUACCAGACCCAAAAAUUGUUUUCACAUUAUUUUACUAGUCUUAUUAAACACAAUUGACUGGGAAUUUCAAAUGUUUUGGCACACCUUGUUCUUUGUCAGUAUUUUACGACUUUUAUAUAAAUAUGUUCUUAUUUUAAUCGUUUUUUUGUGCUACCAAGAUAUUUAAGUAGUGCUAUUAAACUAAAGAAUCGUUAUUUCUCAAGGAUAUAGAGUUUAUGCACUGCUUGUACUAAUAGAGGUAUAUACAUGAUAUAUUCAUUUGCUCUCCUGUGUGUAUAAAUGAAGUUGUUUCAAAUCAUGGGAAAUGAAAAUGAUAGUUAAGGAGAUUACUUUGAUCACACUUAUUGAAUUUACUGCUAAAUAAUAAUUAUUACAUUCUAACCUAAAUACUUAGGUUUCUUUUCUUGUGUAAUGUUUUGAGGGAAUUGCAGAAUUGCCGAAUUUUUGCCCUAAUGAUAUAUAUGACCUUUUGCAGUUUAUUCGUUAUUUCUUUUGUGGUACCUAUAGUGUGUUGAUGAUCUUUGCCACAAUAAAACUGUAGGGUAAACUCCAUGAAUCAUUUUUGAGUUGAAUGACAUUCCACUUUAAAAUUCAGUUAUUUACGCAUUUCCAAAAUUGGGAUAAAUUCUAUUUGUUUUAUCAAAGAGUCUCACCAACUUAAGAAAUCCUGGUGUUCAGUAUAGCAUUGUGGUAAUCACUUAUGUGAAUAUUUGAUCUACUUUAUUGCUAUCAAAUUGUUGAAUAAUUUACACAGAAACUGGGGAAAGUAGUGCAUAUCAGUACAUUAAAAUGUGUAUAUUUAUUGUUUUCUUCAUUGAUAAAAUGAAUUUACCUGUUCAAAGUUGUGUUUUGGUUACAUUCAUUGUAUAUGUUUAUGACUUUAAAAGUUACCCAAUAUUUUGAAUUUUGUUGAAAGCAUGCAAAGUACCUCUUACACUUCUUAUGAGCCUACACAGACACUAUUGAUUUGCUGAUGUUCAUGCCCAAGGAAAUUUCCAAAUGUUUGUUGCAGCAUUCAGUCCACAAAUCUUCAAGCCAUGAACUUGUGUUUGUAGAGUUUUACAGCAUGAUUUUUGAAAGAUAAUUAAAUAAAUUGCAAAGUUAAUUAGCAUGGAAACAUAUAAGGAGGUUCCAGUUGAUUGUAUUGUCUUAGUGUUGUCAUCUGAUUUCUAGGUGUUUUAAGUGUAUUGUAUUGCAGGAAAUGUGGAAAGAGUUAUUGGAGAGGCUGUAUAAUAAGUAAUUAGAAAUCAUUAUUCAUUCAGCACGAUUUCACAAAAUAAACCACAGUAAGAGAAAAGACCUGUACCUCUUUAUCUUCAAAGGAUGCAAAUUUUAUGAGCUGAUUUUGGAUUAUACAUGUAUAAUUAUUUUCAUGAUUCCUGGAUGAUUCAAGUACCAGUGAAGGAUUAUUUUAAUGGUUUUUGGAUGGUAGGAAUACUACUGAAGGAUUGUUUUAAUGAUUUCUGGAUGGUACAAAUACUAGUGAAGGAUUGUUAUGACAAUUUAGGGGCAAAAGACCUUAUGAUAAACUAUAAUCUAAGUUGUUGAAGAGUAAUGCAAUUAUUCGACAGUUUUUUGUUUGUUUUUUUUUCCACUUUGGUUGUGUGAAGACAAAGAAAUUUGCCUUAAAAAAAUUCAAAGUUUUUUAACAAAGCAGUAAGUCUAUCUGAAUAUCCAUUUUAUACUUCCUCAUUUGAUAUGUAAUCCAAAAAUAGUCAUAUGGUGUUUUUCUUGUGUCCUGUAUGUAGUUGUUUCAGAUCUUGUCUCCUGAAAGGAAUCAAAUCACCUUAAUGCAUUUAUUUUAGUGUGAGAUCAUUUCAUACAUUAUAACCCAAACCAGGAUAUGUCAGUUAUCACCUUUAUUUUGUAACUUAGAUAUUAUGUACAUGAUAACUUAGUCAUUUCUGGUCUUAAAUUUAUAACCAGUUUUAGAUGUAUAUAAGUAAGAUAUCUAAAUAACACUUUCAAAAUAGUAUGUGUAAUGGAGUAAUCCCAGAAAGGGGAGAUAACCCAUCAAUUAUGAUUCAAUUUAGAGACGUGGGCAUUUAAUGGGACAAGCAUGAAAGAUUUGGUGACUUUUCAACCGAAAAUUUAAUCAAUUAUAAGGAAGCUAGGGCAAUAUGAAUACAGUAAGUGAAAUGUCUGGUGAAUAUAUAUCAAUAUUUACAGUGUGUUUAGCAAAAUUCUUUAAAACUUUCCCAAAGCAUUGCUGGAAAGAACUGGAGUGAAACUGAUUACAAUUAUCUACAACAGCUUUGUUGUGAAUGAGCUAUGAACUAAAGAUAUUGUAUAUUUUAACUUAAAUUUUGCAAAUAUACUUUCUGAUAAAUGUAAUUUUGCAUGUUUUCGAUAAAUAUAAUUUCAAAUAUGAGAACAUUAAUAUGGAUUUCUAAUUCAUUCAAAGAAUGGGUAUGGCCUUGGUGUAAACAUCUACAAAAUCUUACGGUUCCCAUUUUGUUUAUUAUAUAGCGAUAUUCUCAAAGGCCAUGGAAGAAGAUGUUAUAAAAGAAAGCUGAUCAUUGUUAUUUAAUUGGUCUUCAUUGGUCUCUGACGAAAUAGAAUUAUAAGUAAUUAGGCUGCUAGGAUGGAACUCUAUGAUCCGAAUUGUUAAAUUAUAAUUGUGACUAUUAAGUACCUUUUGUCUUGUAUUAAAGAGAUCACAGCUGUGCAGGACUCAAUAA